ACAGAGUGCAUAAUUUUUCUCGUGAUUCAUGGUAUGCGCACGUUUUACUGACAUCAUGACAUUACAAAAGACAACGUUAACUAUCCCGUGAUUGAAAUCAUUUUACGUGUACUCACUGACUGACAGACAAUUUACUACUGCAUAGUGGUUAAAGCAGGUGACCCCCUCCAAGCGUCCUAGGCCCCUAUCGGGGAAAUAUCGUUGUCAACCCUAUGUGUAACGCUGGUGUAACAGAUUCAUAAAAGUUAGAAGUUCUGGACACGUCUGAUUCUCAUGUUAUUUUGCUGAAAUCACAGACGUGUUUAUCACAUUACGUUCGAGGCCUUAAGUAAAACUUAUCUAAGUGCAAGUGAUUUAAUUACUUUUUCUUUAUUUUUCAAAAGAAAACUUUGCAGCAAUUGUAAGGUUGUAUAAUCUCUGGAAAAGGAUGAAAAGUAGCUCUAGCUUUUCGAAAAUAAGAGGACGGGUGUGUGUGCUUCAAGCUCUAAUCUGGAGCUGUUGAUAAAUUUCAGUUAAGAAAGCUGUGAGGCUUCACAACUGGAUAAAGGCUAAGACAUUUCUUUUAUAGAGUGAUUUCGGUGUGCGUAACUGAUUGUGCCCGUUGACGUCACGAAGGUACAUAAAAGCUCAAACUCCAAGACCAUCAAAGUUAACAGUUAUUUCAGUGUUACUCAUGGGCGCUAUUUAAAACAAAUUUGUGAUUUUUGUAGUUGGCGUAGACAGAAGACUAAGUAAUUUGUAUCAAUUUGUGCACUGUAAAACCCUUAAUGACAAUUAUAAACGAUUUGCCGUUUAAGGGUUUUGAUGUUGUUGUUACAUAUGACUAUGAUGCGUGAAAGGUUUAAAGGGCAUGGGUAAGUUUAAGCCUAAUUCAUCUUGUGAGAUGCGGUUUGAUUGGAUGACUCAUUUAUGAUGACUGACACUGAAAUAGAGAUAUUUGCAGCAGAUGACGUCAUGCUUUUAACAAAGCGAGGUUUACACUGCGGAAAAUAUUGAAAUAGGUAACGAUGUUUGUACAGAAAUGAAAAAUAUGAAAUUUCAAGCAAAUGCAACUUAAUGUCUUGUUGCAGAUAGAGGGAAAAGUUUCUGCUAUGAUUGUAUACCGUAAUAUUAUAAACUGGGGUAAUACUUUUAAGAGUUCUAAAGAAUGACAUUCACUAAAACUUGGCAGUAAUACCAGUACAUGGUUCCUUCAGCUUUUCCUGCAAAAUAUAAAAGAUUCUUUGUGAUCAACCAAAUUAAAUAAUCCAAAGAGUACACAACAAAAUGGCAGCAGUAUCAGAAUUGUUCCCAGUAGCCUAUCCUACACCAGAAAAGAUAGAUGUUGGUAGGCCUCAUUCUGCUUCAGUGCACCUCAAUUCAGACGUUGUAUUGGAGAAAAUUAUGAAAGGAAGACCAAAGUUUAAAAAUGAGGAUUCUAUCGAAGGGAACAAACUCCACAGACAGCUCAGAACCUUUAAAAGUCAGUUGCUUUUUCUUCAGGCUGAACAUGCAAUGAUGUUAGAAGGACUUCACGACGAAAUAAAUCGGCUGCAGACGCAGUGUAGAGAGCUUCAGUUAAGACUUGUUACAAAGGAUUCCCCAUCCAUGUGCCAAGUUCUUCAUGAAAGAAAAGUUACAGCUUUAGAGUCUGCAGUUAGUCAGUGGCAGGAGAAGAGCAAGGAGCUGUCAGAUGAACUUGAGAUCUCCAUUCUAUGCAAAAAUAAUCUUCAUGAGCAGAUAAAAGUCCAAGAAUGGCAAUUUGAGCAGGAGUUGGCAUCUCGAGAUGAAAUUGUUUUAAACUUGCAGAGAGAAUUGGACUUAAAAUGUAACACUAUUUUGCAGUUAUCUACACAUGUGCAACAGCUGAAGGAACAAAAUAUUUUCAAGCGUAUGUCUUUAAGAAGAUCUCAGCUCCCAAAGUGUGAUAGCAAUCCGAAGGAUGACUGGAAGCUAGGAAAAGCAGUAAGACUCUGUGAUAAAGUUUCUCCUUUCAAACAAAAAGAUGGAAGAUUUUUUCCCCCACUCCAAACGGCUGUUGGGAGCCCAGGUCCUUCCAAAAUGGGUAGGUUACAAAGUUUGUCGGGGAAGUCAAGUGAGAGUUCAGAUGGAUCUUUCAUGGAUUCUCUGGAAGAUGAGCAAAUGUCUAUUGAUGAUUCUCGAAGAGGUAGCAUUUCUUCUUCCCAAAGUAAUCUCCGUAUCACUAGUCCCAAGAUUAUAGCAAAUGACACUCAGUCAUUUGAUUUGAAAUUGCCUCCUGUAUCUCACUUGAAACAUGCCAUUACAACUCCUAAUAGAACAUUUGUUCGACAACAAAUUAAGAUUAAUUCAAAAGCAACAGGCAAGUCUUCUGAUGUUUUAGGCAUUGAUAAAAUUUCUCAUCCUUCCAUAGAACCAAAAACUUUCAGAAACACUUGAAAGAUUUUACAGUCUCUUUUACAUUUACUGUAUGUUAAAGACAAAGUUACUUAUUAGUCUAAAAAAUUUUAUUGUCUUUUAAAAAUCCUAUAAAAACAAUAGAUGUUAGUGAUACUAUCAAAGGUGUAAAAGAACAUGGUAAUUAAAAAUAUUAUUCCUAACAAUAUUCAAAUGAUACACUUCAAAGAUUGACGCAUUUUGUCUACUUUUUUAAGAUGCAGCAAUUAAUACAGUAAUGCAUAGCUAUUUUAGGCCUAACACAAAGCGCAGUAGGUCUUAGCACAUGAAAGUUUUAUCUCAUGUAUAUUAUUUAGGCAUGUAGCACUUACCAUUACCCUAAAUCUUAAAAAGAGUGUUAUUUAUGGUUGAUGGAAGAAAUUGGAGAACUGUGAUUGUAACAAUAGUAAUAACAGCAAAUUUUGAAAAAACAUUUCAAAUCUAUACUCUUGAUGUUUAUAGUCAUGUAUAUUAAAUCAUUGCCUUACCUCACAUUUUGUUUCGGAAACAAAUUGUUCCUGCUAUCGCAGUGGAACACUGUUAUUCAAAGUUCAGUUACACUUGUAUUUAAAUGAUUGCUUAAUGUCACGUAAAUAUUUAUUCCAUCCACAUUUAAAUUGAAGCUUUAUAAAUAUUGUACAUAAGAGAAUUUUUUUGUUUGUACUUUGAUAUAUUUGUGAAUUUUCUUUUGUCUCUAACUACAAGAUUUGUAACUAAUUUGUCAGAAACCUAAUGUUUAUAGAAAGAGAUGAAGAAAAAUUAUGUUUUCUAUCAAAACAUAUCAACUGUCUUGUAUGAAGAUAGUCAAUUUACGCAUGCUUGUAAUGUGAAGUUAUAUAGUUUUAGUUAUGGACACUCUACACAAGAAUCGUAGGACAAUUUGGUAAUAAAACACAUAAAUCUGUACAUCUUCCAGCACUUUAGCUGAAAAUUUUCAGUGCCAAGAAAAGAUGGUGCUUACCAUACCUCUUAUUCAAAAUGGUACGUUUUAAACACGAGAAACCUUGCUGAUAUGUGGAUUAUUAAGGGAAACGAACGUGUUUGUUGUAAGUGUGGUAUUGACAAAUUUUUGAACCAUUAUAAUUGUAUGUUGUUUUUGGCAGAAAGAGAUGAUGUGUGAGCUUCUAACAAAUAUUUUUUGUUUCGUAUCAUUAAAGCACCUAAUAAAAACCACACUAUUUAAUUAGUUUCAGCAACGAUUACUUUUCUAAAAACAAAAAAAAAAGAUUUGAAGAAUAGUGUUUCUACUUAUUUUGAAUCUAGUACAAAUUGAAUGACAUUUUAAUGGUAUACUAUCUUAAAUUUUCUCCAUAUGAGUAUAAAUGUAUGUGUUGCACCUUCUGUAGAACUUUCCAUCAGUUUUAACAUACAGACUAGAUAAGCCUAUUAUACACUGCAUAUGUUUAUGCUGUCUGGGCCAGUUACAUAAUAGGAAAAAAUCAGUUUAUUUAUUCAUGUACUAUAGUUAUUUUAAUCCUUAAGAGAUGAACGAAAGUUUCUGGAGCUUUUUUUUUUCCUUGGGUUGGACAUGGCCCAGUAGUUAGUGUGCCGAACUGUGAAUCUGAAGGUCCAUGGUUGGCAUUCUCAUGCCUCCAAAAUAAAAUAGCACCUCACACUUUGGGGCAGUCAAAUCCCACUUUCCAAUUAGAGUUGGCAGUUGAUCAGUUGUCUUCCCUGUAUCAGUUUGAAAUUGGGAAUGGUUAGUACAGAUAGGCUUUACGUACAUUUACGCAAGUAUCUUAAACAAAUCAAAUGCUCUCAUUUUUUUGCAGAGAGUGAAUUGGACUCUUAGAUUUUUUUAUUUAGUUAUCUUUGUUCAGGUUACGUUUUAUCUACUUUUAUAUAGUUUUUAUAAGCAUAUUUUUUAUAUUUAUAGAUGUUUUCAUACAUGCCCAGAAAUAAUUAAUGUUAUGUAAUAUCAAUAUAAUACAGUGUGUUUAGUAUGAAUCAUGGUGUAUUAUUGAUGUAUUUUAUGUUCCACUGGUAUGCAUACGGUUGUUAUAUUUUCAUUUUACAUAUGAAAGUGAUAUUUAAAUUUUUAUACUUUACAUACAGCAUCCAAAGUUAUGUGUAUAUUGUUUUAUAAGUUACUGAUUUAUAGUUUUUAAAAAAAAAGUUAAUAUUUUAUGUGAGGUAUAAUAAGAAAUCUGUAUUUUUAUAGUCCACAAUUAGGUACUCGACAUUGCCCGCUACAGUAGACUUCAAUUAAAUAGUUGGCAUAUAGAGGAGGAAUUUUAUUCAUUAUGAAAUGACCAGUAUAACAUGUAUUAUAUAUAGUUUUCACCUUGUUAAUAAAGACUGUGUGUGUGUUUUUAUGAGUACACAUACAUUAUAUAUAGCUUCUUAAAAUUCACCCAAAGAA